GUCGCGCCUAAGGUGACGCGUGGCGUAGCCGACUCCGCGCUGAUCCUGUCACCGCCCCGACUCCCCCCCCCACGGGGCUUGUUGCGGAGGAGCCACCGGCGCCAUGGCGGUUCUGCUGGAGACCACUUUGGGCGACGUCGUCAUCGACUUGUACACGGAGGAGCGGCCGCGCGCCUGUUUGAAUUUCCUGAAGUUGUGCAAGAUAAAAUAUUACAAUUAUUGCCUUAUUCACAAUGUACAGAGGGAUUUUAUCAUACAAACCGGUGAUCCUACAGGGACUGGCCGUGGAGGAGAGUCUGUUUUUGGUCAACUGUAUGGUAAUCAAGCAAGCUUUUUUGAAGCAGAAAAAGUACCAAGAAUUAAGCACAAGAAGAAAGGCACUGUGUCCAUGGUGAACAAUGGCAGUGAUCAGCAUGGAUCUCAGUUUCUUAUUACCACGGGAGAAAAUCUAGAUUACCUGGAUGGUGUUCAUACUGUGUUUGGUGAGGUGACAGAAGGCAUGGACAUAAUUAAGAAAAUUAAUGAGACCUUUGUUGACAAGGAUUUUGUUCCAUAUCAAGAUAUCAGGAUAAAUCAUACAGUGAUUUUAGAUGACCCAUUUGAUGAUCCUCCUGAUUUAUUAAUUCCUGAUCGAUCACCAGAACCCACAAGGGAACAAUUAGAUAGUGGUCGAAUAGGAGCAGAUGAAGAAAUUGAUGAUUUCAAAGGAAGAUCAGCUGAAGAAGUAGAAGAAAUAAAGGCAGAAAAAGAGGCUAAAACUCAAGCUAUUCUUUUAGAGAUGGUGGGAGACCUACCUGAUGCAGAUAUUAAACCUCCAGAAAAUGUGUUGUUUGUGUGUAAAUUGAACCCAGUGACCACAGAUGAAGAUCUGGAAAUAAUAUUCUCAAGAUUUGGGCCAAUAAGAAGUUGUGAGGUUAUCCGGGACUGGAAAACUGGAGAGUCCCUCUGUUAUGCUUUUAUUGAAUUUGAAAAGGAAGAAGAUUGUGAGAAAGCAUUCUUUAAAAUGGACAAUGUACUUAUAGAUGACAGAAGAAUACAUGUAGAUUUUAGCCAGUCUGUUGCAAAGGUUAAAUGGAAAGGAAAAGGUGGGAAAUACACCAAGAGUGAUUUCAGAGAAUAUGAAAAGGAACAGGAUAAGCCAUCUAAUUUGGUUCUGAAAGAUAAAGUAAAGCCCAAGCAGGAUGCAAAAUAUGAUCUUAUACUAGAUGAACAGGAAGAAGAGUCAAAAUCAAGUCACUCACACACAAGUAAAAAACACAAGAAGAAAACCCGUCACUGCUCUGAAGAAAAAGAAGAUGAGGACUACAUGCCAAUCAGAAAUACCAACCAGGAUAUCUACAGAGAAAUGGGGUUUGGUCAUUAUGAAGAAGAAGAAAGCUGUUGGGAGAAACAAAAGAGUGAAAAAAGAGACCGACCUCAGAACCGAAGUCGUAGCCGAUCUCGAGAAAGGGAUGGCCAUUAUAGUAAUAGUCACAAGUCCAAAUACCAAGCAGAUCCUUAUGAAAGGGAAAGGAAUAAAAAGAGAGACCGAAGUAGAAGUCCAAAAAAAUCCAAAGAUAAAGAAAAAUCUAAGUAUAGAUGAAAGACACAGAGCAUAAAUAAGUGGUUAACAUAUUUUACUCUUGUCUAAGCAGAUCUCAGAUUUUUUGUCAAAGCAGCUAAAAACUCUGCUUGUUUUUUUUUCAUACUAGGAUGAUGGCCCUUUUAGAGUAAUACUGAUUAUGUAGGGCACUGAAAGAUGAAGAAUUGAACAUUUUCCUUGUAUACUUUUUUUUACACUAAUUGUAUUGUUAUACAUAAAUGGUAGUCUUCAUUUUAAAGUCUUUGACAUUUUCAACUUCUUUUUGAAUAAGUAUUUCAUACUCAAAAAAUACACAAACAUGUAUAUACAAGAUAUAAGGAAUAAUAAAUGUAAGUAUCUGUAUACCCAUCAGUCCACUUAAAAAAUAGAAUGUUACCUACAUUUUAGACAUCCCCUAAGUGCCCUCUCUCUCAAGUAAUUGUUCUGAAUUUUAUUUUUGUCAUUUGCUUGUUAUAGUUAUAUUACAUGUGUAUGUAUCCCUAAAUGAAAAGUUAAUUUUGUAUGUUUUUGAAUUUUAUAUAAAUGGCAUAAUGU